AUGCUCUUCCGGCCGGUUCCGUCCGCCGCUGGCCGCAUCACCCAAAGCAAAACAACAGCGGGAGGGAUCAGUGGAACCGCGGACGAGCGGGAGAGGCCGGAGAGAGGGAAAAACAGCUACUGCGACGAGGAGACGCAACCCACAAACAGGCCGCGCCCACCUUCACCGUCCCGACACGGCCGGCCAACCUACCAACGCGACACGGCCACUGCACUACGCCCAAACAACGCGACACGGCCAACCUCGAUCGAGACGUCGACGGGACGAAACCUCUCCGUGACCGUGAGAGAACCUUCGCCGGAGCUCGGAAGGAGCGUGCUGGUGCAGCUUGUGGGCCGCGGGAUGCAGUCGCUGCGAGGAGCGCAGCGGGAGUGCGCGGGGCCCCGGGGCCGCAGGGUGGCGGGCGACACCGAGGAGCUGGAGGAGGGGGAGGCCUGCUCCGACGCCGACGGCGAGGCCUUCGUCGACCCCGACGUCGCGUUCUCCUAUAUUGAUGAAAAACUUCAGCAUGUUCUAGGACAUUUUCAGAAGGAAUUCGAAGGAGAAGUUUCUGCAGAGAACCUCGGGUCGAAAUUUGGUGGAUAUGGUUCAUUUUUACCCACAUAUCAGCGUUCUCCCCUGCUGCCCCAAUCUGAAAGCCCACACAUUGCAUUGAACAUUAGCAUGUCAGGAUCACCUUACCAACCAUCUGCUGAGAGAAUGGAUCAAAACCCCUCUACUGUAGCUGUGGAGCCCAUUUCCCGAAAUAACGGUUUUGGAGCACCUUCAGCUAGUGAUUCAAUCAAGAAGAAAAAAUUCCUGAGUACAAAUGAUGAGGAAUCGAUUGCAGGUUCCGAUUCUUUGGACACUUCACUUAGUGGUAGUGACUCAAAGUCACUCAAAUUUCAGACCAAAGUUUGUCUCAGCAAUGAUCUGCCAAGAGAAAAUGCAGUUAUCUAUAGUGGCCUGGGCCUUGAUAUUUCUCCACGUUCGUCCAUGGAGGAGAGUCCUAAUGGGCUUGGGGGACUAUCUCCUGAGUGCAGCAAUGUGCCAUUUGAAUCACCUCGGACUAUCCUACAGGUCAUGACAUGCCUUCCAGUUCCUGGAGGUUUCUUGUUGUCACCUCUGCAUGGGAAUUUGCUGCAAUUAAGAAAUAAAGUUGCUCCGGUGCUAAAGAAUUUGGAAACACAUUUAGACAUGGAAAAUGUAUCUAGAGCAUUGGAAGGACGUUCACAGUCUUUUCAUCCCCUUGGACUUAUCAGAGGCAAUGUGACUAAGCAGAUGAGGCCUUGCAGUAAGAAAAAAGUGGCAGUGGAUACAAAGACUAGCAAGUACAAAGGUGAUGCUAGUGCAACCAUGAACAAUGAAGUUAACAUCCAAGUGCCUGCCAGCCAAAAAGAGAAGAUGAACACGAAUAACAAGAAUGAGUUUGAAGUUGGUUCUGCAAGGAAGGAGAUCCCAGCCAGUGUAAAGCAUGGAGAGUUGUAUAUGCAGCCGGCCAGCAGUGUAUCAACUAUGAAUGCAUAUCAUGUUCCUGCACCAGUUGUGAUCGAGGACCACUGGGUACGCUGUGACAUAUGCCAUAAAUUGCGUCUUCUACCCUAUGGAAUGAACCCUUCUAUGCUUCCAAAAAAAUGGAAAUGUACCAUGCUUCACUGGCUGCCUGGGAUGAAUAGGUGUGAUAUCAGUGAGGAUGAAACAACAGGGGCUCUGAAUGCAUUGUUUGCCAUUCCAGCGACUGCCACAACCCUUUCUUCAGGUAGUCCUCAUACUGCAGUUACAGGAGGUAUUAUGGAAAGGAACAAGGCUUAUCCAAAGUUAAAGACUAAAAUAAGGAUUGAUCAAGAUGAACAGAAAUCAUAUAAGAAAACUAAAAUUGAGGCUUGGCAUCAAAUUGACAGAGGCCAGGACCACAGGUGUGAUUCAGAUGGUGUGGAAGUUCCUGAUGAACACAAAGCUUUACUUGCAAAAGCAAAAGCAAUGAAGGGUUCACAUGAAACUGAUGACAUGUCUUUAUGCAAGAAAAAUAUCGCUUCAGGGUAUGAUUCAUCGGAAAACGUCAAUAAUGUUAAUGCUUUGGAUGUACCCUUUCACAGUGAGAAGAAAGAACAUCCUUCUGAUGUAGACAUAUUAGAUUUGUCUUGCAAGAAGAAUGCAGUGAAGAAAUUGGAGAUUCAGCUUAACUCUUUACAUUGUAUAAGCAAUGGGCCCCAGAAGAACUUGAAGGAAAAGAAGUCUAAUAAAUUGAAGUCUAAAGAGAUGGCAUCCAAGGAAGAUAGUAGACAUGGAAAAGUGCAGCAUGCAGAUGCCGUGUUGUCUUCUCUGGGGCACCUAAAUUAUGAACUAGGUGCUGACAACAAGUUUGUUACUGGGAAAGAAAGUCUUUCAGAACAAUUAGAAACUUUACCUGCCAAGCAAGUUUUGGACUUGGCUGAAGCCCCUGGAAGGGAUGUAGCCUAUCUGCAGUCUUCUACAACUGUGAGCUCAAGCUCUUCGAAGAUUUCAAGCUCCAGAAGAAACACAAACUCGCAAGAAGCAAAUGACUCUCCAAUUAAAUCAGCCUCUUCAUUGCCACUGAGAGAUUUCAGCAUUAAAAUGAUUUCCGGUAACAGAAAAGAUGGAACAGUGGAUGCUUCCUUGGGCAACACACACAAUUUAGCAAGGUACCAAAACAGUGAAGUCAUUGCAUUAAAUUAUGGUCAGCAAGCUGGAAACUUUGAGGGGGAUCAGGUUGCAGGUGAACCCAAUUUUCAUGGUUCUUUGCAAGGAAUCUCGGAUAGCAAUAUCAAGGAAAUACCUCAGUCAGCUGGUGCUCAAGUCUCCAAUAUCACUGGUUUUGGGAGGAGUUUGGAUAAUAGUCUGCCGGAGGCAUCAUGUAGAGAGGACCUUACUGUAAAUGAUACUGUUGUAGGUAGAGGAGACCAUCAACUGUGUUCUGGUGAACAAAAGGACUUUAAUAUGGAGGUUCGUUUACCACUACCUGAUCAGCAUUGUUUUGGCAGGAUUAACACUGAGUCUGGUUCUGUUCGACAUGAAAGUAAGAACAUUGAAGUUCGCCAAGGAGGUAAACAAAAGGUCUGCCCUACUUCAGUAAAAUCUGAAUCGUUGAAAAUGAAAGCAAAGUUAGUGAGGUUCAAUGUUGAAACUGGAGUGCAACAUGGCAGUGUUAAGCAAGUGACAUCAAGCACUUUGGACACAAGUCCAAUGAGGAAGGAUGGUAGUAUGAUUACAUUUGCUCUCAAGGAAGCUAGAGAUCUAAAGCAUAAAGCAAAUGAUUUGAAGAAUAAAGGACAAGAACUUGAAAGUACAGGUCUGUACUUCGAGGCGGCUUUGAAGUUUCUGCAUGUUGCGUUUCUUCUAGAAACUCCUAGUUUUGACAUUUCAAGACAAGGUGGUGGAGGUCGGUCAAUGAAGAUGUACUCUGAAACUGCAAAAUUAUGCAAUUUUUGUGCUUAUGAAUAUGAACGGUGCAAAAAAAUGGCUUCUGCUGCUUUAGCGUACAAGUGUGUAGAAGUUGCUUACCUCAAGGCUGCAUACUACAAACACCGUACUGCUACAAAAGAUCAACAGGAACUUCAGGCAGCUGUACAGAUAACCCGAGGUGAACCACCAUCGCCUUCUGCCCUAGAUAUUGAUAAUUUAAAUAGCCAUGGAUCAUCAAAUGCCUCCUCAUUAAAGGGUGACAAUUCACCUCAUGUGCCAGGCAAUCAUUUGCCUCUAGCUAUUCACAACCAAGCCCAGCUGUUGAGAUUACUUGCCUAUGAAGCAAAAUCGUUAUAGGAAGAAUUAAAGUGAUGAGGUACAAGAAUUAGGUAGAAGAAUCCAUAGGAGCCGUGGAUACUGUGAAAAGAGUACAACCAGUAAGUGUAAAUGUUGAAUUAGGUAGUGUGUUGAACUUCGUUAUCUGUGCCAGACUAAACAAUGCCUUUAUGCUUUUUAUAUGUUGCAUGUACUCGGUUCACUAACAUGUGUUUCAUUGCCUAAAAUACACAAUUUAUGAGCUACAGAUUCUGUAGUAGUAUAGUGAUCUAUGUGUUCUCGGGUAAGAGGACACAAAAAUGUUUCUAAAUCCUUUCUGCACCCAAUUCUGGAGAGCCUCCAGUACUGGUUAUUGAGAACACUGGUAUUGUUAGAUGUGUUUUUUUUUAUGAAACUUAUAGCAAAUGAUGAAUU